CAGGCGGGUCGGCGCCCCGCGACCUCAGGAUGCCAGAGGCCCAGAGCGCCCGCCAGGACCCCGCGCGACGGAAGAAGAAGCCGCCGGUGCGCCGCACGGUCAGCCAGAUCUGCCCGCCCCCGCGGCGGCCCCUGACCGUGGCCGACAUCCGGCCGGGCAUGGAGAACGCGAGGCUGGGGGUCGUGCGGGACUCCAUGUUUCAGAACCCGCUCAUCGUCAAGGCGGAACUUGGGAAGCCCCGGGAAAGAAGUUGCAGUCUGCCUGGGAUUGAUUUCAAUUACGGACUCUACAUCCGGGGGCUGGAUGGAGGGGUCCCUGAAGCCAUCGGACACUGGAACGUGUUUAAGCAGCAGCCCACGUGCCCCCACGAGCUGACCCGGGACUACAUCGCCAUGAACCGUGGGGCAGUGAAAGCCGGCCUGGUAACCGCCCGGGAGAACCUCCUCUACCGCCAGCUCAACGACAUUCGCAUCAGUGACCAGGAUGACCGACGCAUCAAGAAGGAGGUGCCCUCUCUCCCUCCAAACAUGACGUUUGGGGUCAUGUCACGGCCUUCUACCCCUUUCUUUGACCUGCUGCAGCACCGGUAUCAGCAGCUUUGGGUGCAGGAACAGAAGGCCACCCAGAAAGCCAUUAAACUGGAGAAAAAGCACAAGGUGAUCCUGGGGAAGCUGUAUGAGACCCACAGCAGUCAGCUGAGGAAGUACAAGCCGCCCAUGAAGCUGGACGCCCUCUGGCAUAUGCCUCACUUCCAGAAGGUGUGCUCCCAUCUUGACACCUUCCCCACCGAGGCUGAUCGCCAGAGAGCAAUCAGAGCCCACCAUGAAGAGCGUGCGGUGCGCCAGGGGACCCUGCGGAUGGGCAACUACACGCACCCGUAGCUCCUUCUUGACACAGUAGAAAACUCCCAGAGGACUCGCCUUUCUUGCCCCAGCUCCCAUUCACCCGCCCCCCCCCCCCACAUUUUUACAUGGGUUCUGCUUUGGCAAGGUCCUCGGAUUUGGGUCUUAGAUUGAUUCUUUUUGAUAAGCCAGUACUUUUCAGGUUAGCCACUACUCACCGACCCUGGCCCCAGCAACCCUCUACUAGGGAUUCCCCGUCGCCCAGGAGCCCACUCACCUGCGGUUCUCAAGCCCUCACCUGAUUACAUGAACCCAAAUCACAAGGGCAGGUGUUAGACUCCAAGCUAAGGGUCGAUUCCUAGGCUCCGCCCACUGAGCGUUAAGAACAACCUGUGUAUUUCCUGCAGAAAGCAUGACAGUAACAUACUUUAAAAGCCCCUCGUUUUAUAUUCCGAACAUGAGGGUAACUGUUCUUUGGGGGAUGCCUGAUGUCUCCCCAUGCCAGCAGUAUCUCUCUGGGGCCCAUGAAUGGGAAGACUCCAUGCUCCUGACUCAGGGCCUCCCCCCACCUCCUCCACGCCAGCACCUGUCAAUCACUCAGGCCAACAUGGACUUCUCCGCCAAGGCUGACCUUGGAAGGGCAACCCCAGCCCAAAGGAGACCGUCUUCCGGGCGAGUAGCUGGGCCAGCGAUGUACCAGCCAAGGAAUCUUUUAGCCAAACUCCUGGGCGCUUCUUACCUCAGUCUUUCCGCACGCCCUUGCCUUCUCCCCGCAAAUCAUAUAUCGGUCUAUUUUCAAUUAAAAAUGCUAUUUGUCCUCUU